UCUCUCUGUGGAAGGAGGGCGAGGGAGGGGUUGGUCGGAGCCGCCGCUAUGGACAUCGCCGCCGCCAAUGGCACCUGGAACGGCUCCAGCCCCGGCAACGGCACCGAGCUCACCGACACCAAAUUCUUGCAACCCAAGUGGUUGAUCAUCCUCUGGGCUUUCGCCUACUCCAUCAUGGUGGUAGUGGCCGUGUGCGGCAACCUGGUCGUCAUGUGGAUUAUCCUGGCCCACAAGAGGAUGCGGACGGUCACCAACUACCUGCUGGUCAACCUGGCCUUCGCCGAGGUCUCCAUGGCCGCCUUCAACACCGUCAUCAACUUUGUCUACAGCAUCCACAACGACUGGUACUUCGGCGCCGGCUACUGCCGCUUCCAGAACUUCUUCCCCAUCACGGCCAUGUUCGCGAGCAUCUACUCCAUGACCGCCAUCGCGCUGGACAGGUACAUGGCUAUCAUUCACCCGCUGAAACCAAGGCUGUCGGCGACUGCAACCAAAGUGGUCAUUGGAGUCAUCUGGGUGGUGGCACUGUCCCUUGCCUUUCCACAGUGCUAUUACUCCAAGACAGAAGAGUUCCCGGGCAGGGUGGUGUGUUACGUGGAGUGGCCCGAGAAUGAAGAUUACAGCAAAACUCCCGAGACCACAUAUCACGUCUGUGUGAUAGUCCUCGUCUACUUCCUGCCGCUUCUGGUGAUGGGAUUUGCGUACACCGUCGUGGGAAUGACGCUGUGGGCCAGCGCCAUUCCAGGAGAUUCCUCAGACAGAUACAGCGAGCAGAUGAACGCCAAGCGGAAGGUGGUAAAGAUGAUGAUCGUGGUGGUGACCACCUUCGCUGUAUGCUGGCUGCCCUUCCACAUCUACUUCCUGCUCUCCCUCUUCCACCCUGAGAUCUACCAGAAGCAGUACAUCCAGCAGGUGUACCUGGCCAUCUUCUGGUUGGCCAUGAGUUCCACAAUGUACAACCCCAUCAUCUACUGCUGCCUCAAUGACCGGUUCCGCGCUGGUUUCCGCCGCGCUUUCCGUUGGUGCCCCUUUGUCAAGGCUCAUGAAUAUGAGGGUUUGGAGAUGAAGUCUGCCAGGUACUUUAACACCCAGAGCAGCAUGUACAAGGUCAGCCGCAUGGAGACCGCCGUGUCCACCGUGAUCAACCAAACCGACGAUGAUGCCAAUGAGACCACCAAGCCAAUGCACUUGGCCCUGGACCUCACCCCCAACGGCUCUGCCCACAGCUUGUCAAAGGCUGGUUCUGACUCAGCCACCAUCUACUGCAGGCCAGACCACUACUAGAUUGAGACUGACCAGAUACCACCGAAAACUGAGAAGACCUUACCGAUAUGCCAAUGGAGUCAGUCCGAACCCAAUACCAGCAAGCUAAUCCAGCAAGGGUCAAGGUGUUGACCGUUUGGCUUUAGUCCACAAUUCAUCCGUAUAGUGAUUCCUUUUUAUCCAAGGGAGAUUUGAUCGGGGCUGUGAUCCUUCCCACACAGGUGCACAGAACUGUGCAGAGACCUCUGCUGCCUUCUAAUGUGUACAGAGGGGAUUCAGACGACCGAGUAUGGGAGGGUUGAGGUGCAGAGUGAAGUUUGGAGAGUUGCUCUAGCUUGGCAUUGCACUGCCAGGUGAGGUGGGGUGCAGCUCACACUGCUCCAUGCCGGGCAAUGCCAGUUUUCCAAGUCCCUCAAGUUAUUUCCAAAAUCCCACCUCUCGUACCUCUCUAUGGCGCAGAAUUCACUCGAUAACCCUGGAACCAACCGAGGAUUCUACCUUCAACGAGAGGCAUAUCGGCACACGUCACAACGGGAGAAACUUGUUCUCGUAGCCAAGGUCAUUCUUGAGGCGGCAAUAAUUUUUAUUCGGUUCCUGAGCUUCGGUGCUGCUGGCAAGACCAAGGUUUGUCGCCCAUCUCCUGGGAAGUGGGACGUGGAUGAGAAUUCCCAUUAAAUCCUUGAGAUGCCGGCUCUGACAGGCAAUGGGAGGCCCAAAUUUCAACCGAACCGAGAUACAAAAUGAACAUUCAACAAGUUCCGUGGAGCUUCUGAUCCACAGUUGGGACAGCAUAGACAUGAUGGGCCAAAUGGCCUCCUUCCAUGCCAUCAAGAUCCACAUUUCGGUUGAAGGAUCAUGACUUCCCUACAAUUGAUGUUUAGGUGGUGUAAGUGUACAUAAUGCCAAAAAUGUUCCAUCUUUGCACAAUGCUAUGUUCGUGAAAAUGUAUAUUCUGCUCCUGGAUGAAUUUUUGAAAUUGCACUUCAAAGUUCAAUAGAGCCUUUCAAGAGUGAGAUUGGAGCCAACGCCAGAUUUGCUGAUGUUAUUAUUAUUGAUUAGUGUUUUACUGUCCAAAAUAAUUUUAUAUAAAGUAAUUUUCUGUACACCUUUUAAUAAUGCAACUUUGAAAUGUGUUGGUUGGGAUCCAUUCUUCAGUCUUCUGAUUGAAGAAUAUCGGGGUGUUGAAGAAAGAACUGCAGAUGCUGGAAAAAUCGAAGGUAGACAAAAAUGCUGGAGAAACUCAGCGGGUGAAGCACCCAAGGGUCUCGACCGGAAACGUCGCCUAUUCCUUCUCUCCAUAGAUGCUGCCUCACCCGCUGAGUUUCUCCAGCAUUUUUAUCUACCAAAGAACAUAUGUGGGUGGAAUUCGGUGAAUGGACUAUUCAAUAGCUCCAUAAUCUUAUUGUAUGAAAUAAGGUGCAAUGAUUUUAAAUUUGGUGAUGUCACAAGGAAUAUCUACAGGGAAUUAGAAAUGCAUUUUAGCUUUUAGCUUGUAAGAGGUAAUCUUAAGUUAAUACUAUUGAAAUCAAAUUGAUUAAUUUACUAGUGUUAUUUAAAUCAAAUUGAUUAAUUUACAACUGGUAUCAUUACAAAUUUACCAUCUGGGGACUCUCGAAAGAUUGCAGUGGGACUGGCGAUAAAACCGAUUGCUCUCAGUUUAGGUAAUUGCUGAAUUUAUUGAGCAAAGGUGUUGCCUAUCUUGUCAUUAUAUUGGCAUUGGGAACUGACCGUCAUUGUGAGAUGGAACGGUGGCGUUACACUGCCCCCUUGUGGCAUUGUCAACAGGACACCCGAGGCUCAUGGUUUUCAUACAAGUUCAAAGGUUUCAUCAGUAAAAGCUUUAAUUUGUUUUGUGUUGGGUUUUUUUUCUCAGCUUAGGUGUAAGAUAAAUUAUAUUAUCGAGGGGGGA